AAGUGUGGACAUGUUCUGAAAGUUCAGAGUCCCAUGGCUAUCAAUAGACGCCGCGACACACCCAACCUUCCCGGAACCGAUAUGAUGUAAGAAUAACAGGACACAAAGUCAUGCUUGUCUCACCGACUCGUAGCCCCGGAGGACACGACGCGUCCCGUCGCUUCCUCUCGCCUGCAUGCACUGCAUCAUGUCCGGAAUGGACCUUUUGUCUCACAAUUUAUCUAUUCCCGUCCGGCAUGGCGAUCUUUCCGCACAAUAAGCUGGGCAUGGCGAUCUCUCGCAAUGACGAGGAUGGCGCUCGCUGGCGCCACAUGCUCGUCAACAAGACUUGCAAGCGGGAUCGGCGGAUCGGCGUUCCGCGGUGCUUGCUGAUCCCGCCAAGUCGCUUGGCCGCAACGCGCGCAACACCCCGAUAGUUGCGGCGCAGAUCAGAUUGUCCGCAGCCGAGCCAGCCGAGCGCCGUUGCGUCAUCGCCACUCGGCUCGUCUCCGCAUACCGCAUACCGCACCGCCAUCGCCGAGUUGCCGCACCCGUGACUCAAGUCCGCUACCGUGU